AUGAGCAUCAAGAACGAGAAAAGAAGUUGGAAGGGUCUAAACCCAGACGAGCAGAUAGAGGCGGCAUUAGAGGAUGGGCUCUCCGGGGACAGGUCGGGGAUCGACGGGAAGCCUGUUUAUGCAGAACUUGCUGAGAGCACUAAACCCGGGUACGAGGCGAUGAUGGAGGUUUGGAAAGCGUACGAAAGGAAAUAUCCGGGGUCCGAUCCUCGCAGCAUGGAAGUUAUGAAACACUUCGCCGAAGUGGUCGGACGCGCGACGCCUGGUAGGCUGGACAAGGAAAAGGCCCUGGAUAAGAACAAGAAACGGGCGACGGUCAAGACGAUACGGAAUAAGAUUCGAAAGUUCAUGUCGCAAUGGCAGAGGGAGACUCACCUUACCAUCCCUAAAGACGUUCAUGACUCGAUGGCUCCUUACAUCAAACAUGUGCUUAGAUACAAAAUUCCGCUGUCCAUCGAGGAGAAAGAACCCACCUAUUUGACGAUAGAGAACUAUGUCGCUAUGGAAGAGUUCCUCUGGCUGAACGAUCAUCACGAUUACGCCCAUGAAGCGAGCCGAGUGGACUGCAGUGCCCUAUUGAAGAUGCACUGCUACACCUCUGCAAGAUUACAAGAAAUCUGCAAGGCAAAGUACAAGGACCUUCUCUGCAUGGUCGCAUGGAAAGACGGAGAGCCGGAGAUCAAGAUACGGUUCAAAAGAGAACACACAAAAGGCAUGCAAGACAAUCCCAACAAACCGAAGCAUCCGCUAUACGAGAGACUGAAUCCUACGCCUCCUUUGCUCGUCAACGGCCUUUUGUUUUUAUUGGCUGUCAUUAUUUCGGCUGGCGCAUUUAAGGACUACAACACCAUCGAGGCGGUCCUCGAUGCCAGACCGCCGCCCAGGAGGAGGUUUAUGAUCAUGGAGUGGGCGGACGCCGUUUUGGACGACCCAGUCUUUCCCGAGAUGUCCGCAGAUGGAUGUUCCGAUUGGGCGAAAAGGGCUGGCUUUCCAGGAGGGAUGGGACUACAUGCCUCUCGCCGCGAAGCGCUGAUCAAAGUAGACGCAGAUGGAGGCUACUCGCUUGGACAGGUGAUGAAGUUCGCCGCGCACAGAAACCCAAGAACUCUUGUUGGCCACUAUCUGGACAAUACAAGUAACGUGGACGGUGCCGCUGUCUUCCUCGGGCUGGAACCACGGCGGGACCUUACAGAGGACUUUCGCAACGAGCGUAAAGAACUGAAGGCUAAGAGGCGUCAGGCUUAUGAUCGGCGACAGCUGCUGGUGGACGAAGAGUUGGGGAACUACCGCAAAUUUGAACGGCGAGUCCAGACCACUCAAAGUGAGGCAGAUGACCACGGGGACUGGCGUCGCAGUUAUUUCAAUCGCGUCGUCCGCCACAUGGUUCCUGAACGUGACCGCCUGGCCCGGACUCUACCGCUCGCUGUCCCUCUGCGAAGUCCAGAAGGGAUCUCUGCCCUCCGAGACCUUGUUGCUCUCCGGGCAAACGAUUUUCGCGUUGCAUAUCAGGAAGAGUUACGGCCCAUGGGAGAUACCUGUCCAGUACCUUCCUGCAACCGGAACAUCAAAGAUGUCGCCGUCAAAGACAGGUGGAAGCAUAUAUACCGGUGCUCCAAAGGCCAUCACACCAAACAGUUCGGUUUCGCCGAGUUUUGUUUCCGAUGCAGCUGUUGGAUAACCAACGAGACCGACUCACUGCCAAACUCACAUCGACAAUCUCGACGUUCCCUUCCGAUGCGACCCGGUCACUUUCCGCCACGCUGUUGCCUGCACCGGGUAUUGUUGCGGUUGUCUCAGCAAAGUCGGGCGUCCGGCGGCGAAUAUGUCGCGAGUCUGGACACCGAGGAUUACUUUCCAUGUCCACAUCUGUUAUGCUCUACGGUGCUCUUUUCGGAGUCCGGCCUUUGGCACCAUCUGGAAGACAUCCACAGUACUCUCAAGCCGCACCGCGCACAAAAGCGUCAAUAUUCGCCAGAUCGGAGCCUGAAUUCUGAGCUUGCGGCUCCUGAUGCUGCCAGACACGACCGUAAAUUUGUUAACACCUCAGCCCUGAACUUUGAUCCCAACCACCCCGGCGGGAUCCAAACGCUGUCGGUGAUCAGCAGUUCCACUUCACGCCGCGCAUCACAAGCGGACAGCGUUUGGGAUGCUGGUGAUGACUGCUUCAGCAUCGACAGUUCGUUAUCAUCCCUGUCAAGUGGCCUGUUCGAAGCAAUGCCUGAAACUCGAAAGGACUGUCCCUCUCCCUGGGCCACCCCGUCAGAGGCUGCCGCCGUCACGAUGCCGAUCGACCCAGAGAUCAUCCGUCAAUCGCGACCAGCGCCCCACUUCGACCAGAUCGAGGUGGUUGACCUCACAAACGUUUUCGAUAAGUCCGGCGACUCAUCUAUUGAUGACCUGGACGUUUCAGACGUUCAAGGCACUACACAGGACGAAUUUUCCAGCCUCGAUCUAACUCUAGGUGCGAACACGAAAGUUUCUGCAGAGGUCGGCGGUGAUUGCGAAAUGCUAGUCUCGAACCCAAGCCCUCCCACCGCCGUGCCACCCCGGGCUGAGGUGGUGCAAUCACAUACCUGUAUCCAAGAUUUGAGUUACAGUCGACCCGCUGCUAUAGAUCCAGAAGACAAUCAGUGGAAGAUCGAGAAAUUGCUGGGCAAACGUCAGAUCAGAAGACAAGUCCAAUAUUUAGUGAAGUGGUUUGGUUAUCCAGACAAUGAAAGUACCUGGGAGCCUCCAGAAAACGUCCAUCCCGACGAUGUUGCGGAGUUUGAUGCGCUGCAUCACCAUAAAUCCUAG